CAGUCCCAGGACCCUAUGCAGAGCAUAAGCCAAAAUGGAAGAUGGUCCUGUUUUCUAUGGCUUUAAAAACAUUUUUAUUACAAUGUUUGCUACCUUUUUUUUCUUCAAGCUUUUAAUUAAGAUUUUUUUGGCUCUCCUAACCCAUUUCUAUGUCGUCAAAGGAAAUAGAAAAGAAGCAGCUAGGAUAGCAGAAGAGAUCUAUGGUGGAAUUUCAGACUGCUGGGCUGAUCGAUCCCCACUUCAUGAAGCUGCGGCUCAGGGGCGCUUACUGGCCCUUAAAACUCUAAUUGCACAAGGUGUCAAUGUGAACCUUGUGACAAUUAACCGAGUCUCCUCUCUCCAUGAGGCAUGCCUUGGAGGUCACGUGGCCUGUGCUAAAGCCUUAUUGGAAAAUGGUGCACAUGUGAAUGGUGUGACGGUUCACGGAGCCACGCCCCUCUUCAAUGCUUGCUGUAGUGGCAGUGCUGCGUGUGUCAAUGUGCUGCUGGAGUUUGGAGCCCAGGCCCAGCUCGAGGUGCACCUGGCUUCACCCAUCCAUGAGGCAGUGAAGAGAGGUCACAGAGAGUGCAUGGAGAUUCUGCUGGCAAAUAAUGUUAACAUUGACCAAGAGGUGCCUCAGCUCGGAACCCCCCUGUAUGUGGCCUGCACCUACCAGAGGGUAGACUGUGUGAAGAAACUUCUGGAAUUAGGAGCCAGUGUCGAUCACGGCCAAUGGCUGGACACCCCCCUGCACGCCGCAGCGAGGCAGUCCAGUGUGGAGGUCAUCCACCUGCUGACGGACUAUGGGGCUAACCUGAAGCUCAGAAAUGCUCAAGGCAAAAGUGCACUUGAUCUGGCAGCUCCAAAAAGCAGCGUGGAGCAGGCGCUCCUGCUCCAUGAAGGCCCGCCUGCUCUUUCCCAGCUCUGCCGCCUGUGUGUCCGGAAGUGCCUGGGCCGAGCAUGUCAUCAAGCUGUCCACAAGCUAUGUCUGCCAGAGCCACUCGAAAGAUUCCUCCUAUACCAAUAAUCCCAACUGCUCCUGAAAAAAUACUUGGAAAUAGGUUGUUGUCUGCUGUACCCAGGGUACCUAGUGUAGACACAGUAGCUAGACUCUCAAUAUCUUCAACCAAGCCAGUUAGAGUAAAUCCCUGAUAAUUGGGAACACUUGAGGAGUGGAAACUCCUAGGUAGUUUAAUGUUCUUAUCACUGAAGGCGCAAUUAGAAACCUUUUAGUUUUUACCUCUUUUUGUUAAGAAACUUUAAAAACCCUUGAAGUAGAGUGAAGAUGAUAGGCUAUUUUUUGAUGAUUCAGGAUCUUCCUAUACCUAAAGGUCAACAUAUCAUGUAGACACAUGUAAAUUCAGGUGGAUAAGGAUUAUAAUGAAUGUUAGGUAUUCUAAGACAUGUUCCUGAUUUAGUUCCUCACUUCUGCCCCAUUUCUCUUUCUUUCUUUCCUUCCUUGAAUAAAU